ACCCCGUACCCGAUCCAUCUCUACCCGACAAGGCGGUAUCCUCCCGCUCCUCUUCACUCAAAGCAGUAUUGCCACCCUCAUUUUACACUACGGCGACCGUAGCUCCAAUCAGGCGUGCUAUUCACUCUUCCUCACCUAGUGUUGAAGAUAUCUCAUUCCCUACCAAUGGGGCCUCAUUAGAGCGUACAUCGUCCCCUGAAAAUCCAUCAACCAAAGGCAUUCAGAUAGCUACUUCCAAGAUCAAAGGGGUUGGGAGCAUGCCCAAACCCGACCCAGGGAAAGAGAAGUCUAACCAGCCCAAGAGAAAAACUGGUGUUGAUUCCAUCGUGCCUAUGUCUCCAGCGGCUAUGGAAAAAGCUGCGGCACUGUUGCAACGGCACCGGGAAGCAGUGGUUGAAAACGCCAUUCAACGCAAUAAACGUAGGAGGAAGAAGGCUGUAGUGGAACAAAAAUCCACCAUAGAAACAGGUCAAGAGCCCGUAGAAGAGCAGAGCUCUCUGGAACCAAAUGAUUCAACUGUAGUCAAGAAGGAUAAGAAAAAGAGAAAAGCGGAUGUAAUCUUAGGGCAAAAUACUGAGAAGGACACUAGCAUUUCCAACGAAAAAUCAAAUAGAAGCGAGAGUCCGAUGCAUCAGAAGGUUGGAGAACGAUCCAAAACCGAGGCAGAAGGUUCGGGAACAAGCAAACACGCAUCAUCAGGUGCAGCAUCCCUUUCUCUUCGUCGCAAGUUACCUGCGAUCCGGCCAGAGCAUGAUACAUCAUUGGAUCUAGUCCCUAAAGCUGACAAUAAAAUAAAGGGGCGCGAGCAGAACCAUCCUGUCCCAUCUGCGAUGGCCCUUACCACCUCAGGUCCAA